UUUAGGGUCCUCCUAGGGAAGGGGACAGCCGAGGAGGCCGAGAGGCUGGCGCGCCAUCCUGGUCGUGGCCACCUCCCUGGUUCCUACCGCCAAGGGCCAAAGGCAGAGGAACGCCCUGUGUCCCACUCCCACGUUCGUAAGAUGCUGUCAGAAGCCGCUCUCUCUUCUCCGCCCUCUCCUCACGCACUACCCCCACUGUCAUGCCAAUGAAUCCCAAGAGCAAAGGGUGGCACGAUUCCUCCCUCACGCCCCUGCAGUCUUGAAGGCGAGCACUAAAGCAGCACAGCCCCAAGCUUCCCCUGCAGAAGCCGCGCUCCACUUGCUCCGGGGGCAGAGGGGGCGCGACAGAGCCAGUGGGCGGGCGUCCCAUCCUCCGCAUCCUCCUCCAAGUGCAGGCGCGCGGGGAGGGAGCGCUGCGCUGCGCCGCGCUGCGCAUCGCGGCCCGCUGGCUGCCUGCCCCCUGCCCGAGCUGGGCCACCUCCCCGGGCCGCCGGUGGAGGGCUAUACGAGGCGCUAACGUAACGCUGUUUCCGGUUUUCCAGCGGGCUCUGUUUCCCCUCCCAAGGCGGCGGCGGCGGCGGAGCGGCGGAGCCCCCCAAAUGGCCUGGCCAGAUGCGGCAGGUUUGCUGCUCAGCGCUGCCGCCGCCGCCGCCACUGGAGAAGGCUCCGUGCAGCAGCCACAGCGACAGCAGCAACAGAAGCAGCAGCAGCGAGACGACCAGCAGCAGCGGCGAGAGCGGCAGCAGCGGCAGCAGGAUCAGGAGCAGCAACAGCAUCUCCUGUCCCGCUGCGCCCCCAGAGCCGCAGCCGCAGCCCCGCAGCCCCGCAGCCCCGAGAGCCGCCGCCCGCCCGCGAGCCACAGCCGCCGGCGGCAUGAGGCGCGACCCGGCCCCCGGCUUCUCCAUGCUGCUCUUCGGUGUGUCGCUCGCCUGCUACUCGCCCAGCCUCAAGUCUGUGCAGGACCAGGCGUACAAGGCACCCGUGGUGGUGGAGGGCAAGGUCCAGGGGCUGGCUCCGGCCAGCGGUGCCAGCUCCAACAGCACCCGCGAGCCACCCGCCUCGGGUCGAGUGGCGCUGGUGAAGGUGCUGGACAAGUGGCCGCUCCGGAGCGGGGGGCUGCAGCGCGAGCAGGUGAUCAGCGUGGGCUCCUGCGCGCCACUAGAAAGGAACCAGCGCUACAUCUUCUUCCUGGAGCCCACGGAGCAGCCCUUAGUCUUUAAGACGGCCUUUGCCCCUCUCGACACCAACAGCAAAAACCUCAAGAAGGAGGUGGGCAAGAUCCUAUGCACUGACUGCGCCACCCGGCCUAAGUUGAAGAAGAUGAAAAGCCAAACAGGACAGGUCGGGGAGAAGCAGUCGCUGAAGUGCGAGGCAGCAGCUGGGAACCCCCAGCCCUCCUACCGCUGGUUCAAGGAUGGCAAGGAGCUCAACCGCAGCCGUGACAUUCGCAUCAAGUAUGGCAACAGCAGAAAGAACUCACGACUUCAAUUCAACAAGGUGAAGGUGGAGGAUGCUGGGGAGUACGUCUGUGAGGCCGAGAACAUCCUGGGGAAGGACACUGUCCGUGGCCGGCUCCACGUCAAUAGCGUGAGCACCACCCUAUCAUCCUGGUCGGGGCACGCCCGGAAAUGCAACGAGACAGCCAAGUCCUAUUGUGUCAAUGGAGGCAUCUGCUACUACAUUGAAGGCAUCAACCAGCUCUCCUGCAAGUGUCCUGUGGGAUACACCGGGGACAGGUGUCAGCAGUUCGCAAUGGUCAACUUCUCCAAGCACCUUGGAUUUGAAUUAAAGGAAGCUGAGGAGCUGUACCAGAAGAGGGUCCUGACCAUCACGGGCAUCUGCGUGGCUCUACUGGUCGUGGGCAUUGUCUGUGUGGUUGCCUACUGCAAGACCAAAAAACAGCGGAAGCAGAUGCACAACCAUCUCCGGCAGAACAUGUGCCCAGCCCACCAGAACCGGAGCUUGGCCAACGGGCCCAGCCACCCCCGACUGGACCCUGAGGAGAUCCAGAUGGCAGACUACAUCUCCAAGAAUGUGCCAGCCACAGACCACGUCAUCCGGAGGGAAACUGAGACCACCUUCUCUGGGAGCCAUUCCUGUUCUCCUUCUCACCAUUGCUCCACAGCCACACCGACCUCCAGCCACAGACACGAGAGCCACACAUGGAGCCUGGAAAGAUCUGAGAGCCUGACCUCUGACUCCCAGUCAGGCAUCAUGCUGUCAUCAGUGGGCACCAGCAAAUGCAACAGCCCUGCGUGUGUGGAGGCCCGAGCUCGGCGAGUGGCAGCCUACAGCCUGGAGGAGCGGUGCAGAGCCGCUGUGCCACCCUACCACGACUCCGUGGACUCCCUACGUGACUCCCCACACAGUGAGAGGUACGUGUCGGCCCUGACCACGCCCGCACGUCUCUCGCCCGUGGACUUCCACUACUCCCUGGCCACGCAGGUGCCAACUUUCGAGAUCACGUCGCCCAACUCAGCGCACGCCGUUUCGCUGCCGCCAGCCGCGCCCAUCAGCUACCGCCUAGCGGAGCAGCAGCCGCUCCUGCGGCACCCGGCACCGCCCGGCCCCGGGCCAGGGCCGGGACCCGGCGCGGACAUGCAGCGCAGCUACGACAGCUACUACUACCCCGGGCCCGGGCCUAGACGCGGGGCCUGCGCGCUCGGCGGCAGCCUGGGCAGCCUGCCCGCCAGCCCCUUCCGCAUCCCCGAGGACGACGAGUACGAGACCACGCAGGAGUGCGCGCCCCCGCCACCGCCGCGGCCGCGCGCGCGAGGCGCGUCCCGCAGGACGUCGGCGGGGCCCCGGCGCUGGCGCCGCUCGCGCCUCAACGGGCUGGCGGCGCAGCGCGCACGCGCGGCGCGGGACUCGCUGUCGCUGAGCAGCGGCUCGGGCGGCGGCUCGGCCUCGGACGACGACGCGGACGGGGCGCUGGCUGCCGAGAGCACGCCUUUCCUCGGCCUGCGUGCGGCGCACGAUGCGCUGCGCUCGGACUCGCCGCCGCUGUGCCCGGCGGCGGACAGCAGGACUUACUACUCCCUGGACAGCCACAGCACGCGGGCCAGCAGCAGACACAGCCGCGGGCCUCCGCCGCGGGCCAAGCAGGACUCGGCGCCUCUCUAGGGCCCGCCGCCCCCGCCGCCCGCCCGCGCGCCCCACUGUCUGGACGGAGACCAGAGACCAACGACUGGAGAGAGCAAGGAGGGCAAAAAAGAAAUAAAAAUAUUUUUAUUUUCUAUAAAAGGAAAAAAGUAUAACAAAAUGUUUUAUUUUCAUUUUAGCAAAAAUUGUCUUAUAAUUCUAGCUAACGGCAAAGACGUUUUUAUAGGGAAACUAUUUAUAUGUAACAUCCUGAUUUACAGCUUCAGAAAAAAAAGAAACAAAAAAAAGAGA